UCAUUCCAAUUUGCGCUUUCUUUUUUCAUUAAUAAUGGUGUUAGGCUUAGGAAUCUUAUCUUAUUUUUUGCAAUCUAGAAAAAAUAAUCACUAGAGAUGUGGACGGGUAUAUCAUGGAUUGAGAGUUGGUUGACGGUUUACGACAAAUUAUCAGAUUUUUUGAAUAAAAUGGGGACAUAUAUUUUUUUAGUUUUAAGUUUGGGAAGCUGAUACCAUCCUUACAUGAAAAAUAGGAAGUAGAUUUUAAAAAAAUAAAUAAAUAAGUGCGUGCUGAGUCUGCGGACAGUUAGUCUUGAAUCUAGAGUCUAGACCAAUAAAAAACUAUGACAGAUCGACUGUGAUUAAAUUAAAUCAUAAGUCUCAAACAAGUGAUGUAUGGAUUCGUGCAAACUGCUGGCCAAUCAAUAAAGCAUCAAAAUUUACAAUAGAGAAUGAAGAAAAUAAAAAAUAAAAAAUAUCCUAAAAAUAGUAUAAUAUCUCUGACUUUAGACGAUGAAUCCUCGAUCCAAUGUUGAAAAUGAAAAAACCAAAUGUCUUGAACUUCCUGAGGAAAUUUUAGCUCGAUUUAAUGAUUAACGAAUCUGGAAAUGCAGUUUCACGCAAUAAUUGCUAUGUGAAUAAGUAAAAAUGGCUUUUAUUCUUUUCUCUCAAUGGUAUAUUCUCCAUUGAAAUAGACCUCUGUUUCAUGUGGCCUAAAAACAAGACUUCUCUCCACUUAAAUAACUGAGACAAGAAGUAAAUUCUAUAUUUUGGGUCUUUGUCCGCGUAGGAAGUGAGUACAAUAUCCUAACACAAGGUUUAUGAAUAUUGAAUCUAAUUGCAUUUUUGUUCAUGUUUACCACAUAAAUUCUGUUCUGCUAAGUGCUAAUGGGUUGGGGCAACUUAUGGUCUUGAAUUUUCAUCUCAAGUUUGUGGUCAACAUUUGAAAAAAAAAAUCAAUUAUUUCUCUUUUAGAAGGGAAAAACUUACAGUUGUUUUGAAUCCCAGGGAAUUGUAGGAAGUAGUUAGUUUUGGUCAACGGUUCAUGCUCCUGUUCUGUCUUCCAGCUUUGUAUUUCAGCAGGCCUCUUUCUCCCUCCUUAGCCUCUAGCCCCAAGAUAUCUUGAAACUCCAAAGUUUGUAGUGUCUUGUCUUCCACAAAUCCACCUCCACCAACCAAGAGCCCCUUCAAUUGUCUUAAUUGAUCCCAUCGUCUCUUUCAUUUGUAGAAGGGGAUAGCCGAAAGCCCUUUGUCUCCAUCAUUUAAUGUCAAACGGUGAAGACAGUGAGGGCUAUAGGUACUGGCUUCGAUGGCAAGUGCCUAUCUGUGCUUUGAUCCUCAUUGCCUCUGUCAAAACAGCCUCAAUGCACAUUGUAAAGGCCAAAACACAGCCCUUGUAUUACAAUCACUUGUGGAUUCCCUGUUGGAGAAAACUCAGUCCUGUGUGGCUUUUCUUGUGUAGAGCUUUCGCAUUCCUUUGCCUGGCUCGUAUGCAUUUUGAUAUUAUUGCCUUGGAUGGAGCCUUUUCUUUCUAUUUUUAUACUCAGUGGACUUUCACAUUAGUUAUGAUAUAUUUUGCGUUGGGGACAAUAAUAUCUGCACAUGGAUGUUGGCAGUACUUAAACAAUCCUCCGAUUGAAAAUGGGGAAAUGGCUGAGUUUCUGAGAAGGGAAUUGGAAGAGGGUAUGUCUACAAACACUAUUGCCUAUAAAGAGAAUGAAACAAAAGGUUCCAUCAGGUUGCAAAGUCAAUAUGUUGAAGAGGAGUUUAAACAAAGAGUAGGAUUCUGGGGUUACCUCAUGCAGAUUACCUAUCAGACGAGUGCAGGGGCUGUCAUCCUAACGGACAUCGUGUUUUGGUGUGUUAUUGUCCCAUUCUUAUCAAUUUCUCAUUUCAAGCUAAACAUGUUGAUGGGUUGCAUGCAUAGCCUGAACGCAGUUUUCCUUCUUUUGGAUACAGCGUUGAAUAAUCUUCCCUUUCCUUGGUUUAGAGUCGCAUAUUUUGUGCUCUGGAGCUGUGGCUACAUAAUUUUCCAAUGGGUCAUCCACGCUUGUGGUUUUACAUGGUGGCCAUACCCAUUUCUUGAGCUUAAUACCCCAUGGGCUCCCGUUUGGUAUUUGGGCUUGGCGGUAAUUCACAUACCCUGCUACGGAAUGUAUUCAUUAAUAGUGAAAGCAAAAAAUACGAUUCUUACCGGAUUCUUCCCUCGUGCAUUUUUGAGAGCAUAUUAGUUUGGUUGUCGUAGGAAAUUGCACAAAACUAGGAGUGGCUUGUUCACAUGUUUUGAUAAACAACAAUUUGGGUUUACACUAUACACAGGUUUUUCUUUUUCCCCUACAAGGGUUCUUGCAAAUGCUUCAAAUUGAACUUGUACUACUGGAAAUUUUGAAUGAUUUGUAUAGGAAAUUUCUAUAAGAUCACGUUAGUUUGACAAUGAAA